GGAGACAUUCAGAGGCCGAAGCAAGCAGGUGGUCGACGCCCCGCCAUGGCCCUGUGGACGCGCCUCUUGCCACUGCUGACCCUGCUGGCCCUCUGGGCGCCCGCCCCCUCCCAGGCCUUCGUCAACCAGCACCUGUGCGGCUCCCACCUGGUGGAGGCGCUGUACCUGGUGUGCGGGGAGCGGGGCUUUUUCUACACGCCCAAGGCCCGCCGCGAGGCCCAGGACCCGCAGGCCGGGGAGGUGGAGCUGGGCGGGGGCCCGGGUGCGGGCGGCCUGCAGCCCCUGGCCCUGGAGCGGGCCCUGCAGAAGCGCGGCAUCGUGGACCAGUGCUGCACCAGCAUCUGCUCCCUCUACCAGCUGGAGAACUACUGCAACUAGCGGCGGCUGCCCCGCACCUGCCCCGCACCUGCCCCGCACC